AUGGCAACGCAAGAUAAUUUUGCAGCAGCUAAGUACCGUAGCCCAGUUGCUGUCUACUGUGGGAGUGUUCACAGAUUCAAACCCAGAUACACAGCUCUGCGAGGCGGAAGCAUUGAUUCAAACUUGCAGUUUUGUGGCAGCAGCUGGACCACUGAAGACGAAGCCUCUUUUCAGUCCAUAUUAACAACCCAGAUGAAGAAGCAUCCCAGUUCAUGGCAUGGGGUUGGAGUUGGGAAACCUCGAUACCCAAGGACCAUCUCUCCCCUGGAUGGCUGGGUCAGCGAGGCUAGUGUGCACGACCUCAGCACUGCGGGUGGAGGUGAACUCUCCCACCUUUCUCACCAAGCCUUGACCCAGGACCUCCGAGAGAGGGAGGUGAGCAGCGCUGCCCUGGAAACCAUUCAGAUCGAGGACAAGCCGAAGACGGGGAGGAUGUCUGAGGGUCUGUUAGCCUCACAGAAAGGCCUGACUGACUGCAGUGACCCUAAGGGGGUUACCCUGAAGCCAGCAGUUUCCACAUCAGCUUCCCAGAGGCUCCUGACAACCUCCAAGCCCAUGCCUCCCAUCCAGGACAGCCUUCCUUCCUCAGAGCCCAGCAGGAUGAGCAACGGAGAGCAGGAGCAUGGGGAAAACAGCACAGGCUGUGAUGACAGUGAUGGGGAUGACAAGGAGCUGAUGUCAGAGGGAAAAGGAUAUAAAGCUUCCCUGCUGCCCUGGUAUUGCAGUGGUGGGGAUGGGAAGAAGAAGUCACUGGGAAUGGCUUUGAUUCCUCCUAUCCCCAAGUCAGCGACACCAUCUGAUGAGGAUCCUGGCAGUGCUGCAGUGCCUCUCCCAAGCUCUCAGCACCUGGUUUUCCAAAAGGCCGUGGAGAUGAGGCCAAGAUCAGGCAGCAGAAGUAAAGAGAAGACCCUUAAACAUCUAGAGCUCCAGACUCUGGAACCCGUCUUGCCAGUUCUCCAGCAUCAUGUUGGUGGUGGCGUGAAGUCUGCUGGACAUUUAUGUGAACCUGUGCCACCAUUAACAGGCCUCCCACUCAGCCAGGCCGAGGAGAUAGAUCAUAUCAUGAGCCCUUGCCUUCUGAGUGAUGACGACUUGAAGGACAGCAAUGGAAGGAUCCAUGUUACCUUGUCCAAGUCAGCUCAGAAGAAAAUACAACAAAAGCGAAUGAAACAGAUGGAGCUUUUGCGUAGAGGGAGGGAGAAAGAGAGAGAAAAGGAAUGGUCCUUGCAGCUCCCUACACAGAGUGUUGACCCUGGGGAUGCAGCUGAAGAAAGCUUUGGCCUACCGCCUAUCAAUGGCGCAGUUUCCAUUCCCCCCAGUAUGAGCAAUGCAUGCAGAGCGAGAGCUGGUACUGCCUUGAGGAAGCAGGUCAACAGGCCCUCACUGCCCAGCAUCCCCGUCGUCAGCCAGGGUGGCAGCUUCCCGCGCAAGUCCUCAGUGAACUGCCUGCCAUACAUUGCUAUGGACUUAGAGUGUGGGGACACCCAGGAAGCCAGACCCUUCCCUCAGCCACAGCAGGCGCUGCUCAACGUGCUCACAUGGCUCAGCAGUGAUGACUGGCAGCAGAAGGCAAAGGGACUCUUCAGCGUCAGACGCCUGGCUAUCUGCCACUCAGAAAUUCUUCUUUCUAGACUUCAUGAUGUUGCCUUGGCAGUUACCAAAGAGGUGAACAACCUCCGCUCGAAGGUGUCUCGCUUUGCAAUCAGCACUCUUGAAGAGCUCUUCAGGACCAUGAAGAAGCACAUGGACCACGAGGUGGAUGAGAUUGCUCGGGUCUUGCUCCAGAGGAUGGGGGACUCCAGCGAGUUCAUUCAGAAAGCAGCCAGUCAGUCCCUGGGGAUCAUGGUGGGGAGCGUGACUCCUGCACGAGCAAUGACUGCUCUCAUGGCUAGUGGAGUCCAGCACCGCAACGCCCUGGUGCGGAAGUGUGCAGCCGAACACCUGCUGACCGUGAUGGAGCAAAUAGGAGCCAAGAAGCUCCUGUCGGGCACGCGUGACAGUACCGAGCUGCUGGUGUGCAUGGUGGUGAAGCUUGCUCAGGACUGUCAUCAGGACACAAGGUGUUAUGGACGGAAGAUGCUGAACGUAUUGAUGAGUCAUAAAAAAUUUGAUAGGUAUUUGAAACAGUCUGCCCCAUCACGUGACUUGGAAGAUGUUAUGGCAACACUUAAGCAGAAAGUAAGUGGUUGGCAGGAGAAACAUGAUUUGAGGUCUGGCUCUGACGUACUCGUCUUACCCCGUCAGACAGUCCGUCGCACAUCACUUCGGACUGUGGAAGAAACUGAACAGCUCCGGGAGCUUUAUGAGCUCCUGGCAGACAAGGAUUUUCAGACACGAAUGGAGGGAGUGGUGCUCCUCCUAGAUCACUGCAAAAACAGCCCCAAGCUCAUCUCCAAAAACAUUGUCCAGAUUUUUGAUCUUUUUUUCCUGAGACUUCAUGAUUGGCACAAGAAAGUGAAUCAGCAGGCGCUGGAGGCACUGGUUUUGAUGAUACCCAUGCUCAGAGCUGCCUUACACCCAGUGCUGGUCUCUCUGGUAGCAGCAGUCACUGACAACCUGAACUCAAAGCACUCGGGGAUUUAUGCUGCAGCUGUGAAAGCGCUGGAAGCAUCCAUUGCUCACCUAGAUAACACAUUGCUGCUGCAAGCAUUAGCCCACCGAGUGCCUUCCCUCAGCGGCCAGGCUCUGCUGGAUGUCACAGAACAUGUCUCAGUGCUUGUGGCAUCUGUUUAUCGCCAGAGACCCCAAGCUGUCCAGCGCUACGCCCUGCCCGUGCUCUGGUUCUUCCUGGGAAACAGGGUCCUGCCUGUCCGAAGCAACAGUAUCAAGAUUGUGGUCACCAAGCUUGCAAGGAGCCUCUAUGAAGUGAUGGGCUCCAGGCUGAAGGUGGCUGCUGCCAGACAGUCUCAGCAUGUGGAGAAAAACCUCCAGAAUAUUUUGGGCCUGAAUGUCCGGUGAAGGCUUGGUGUGCUCCGGGAAGCUGAUGGAGAGGUGUCGAGUGGGAUAGAUGGAGGCAAAAGUGGACGAUGUGGCUGUGGCAGUGGCAUUGGUUUUAUUCUGUGUGUUUGAAGAAUGGGAUUUACCCUACAGAGUUUAUAGCUACAGACAUACAUAGUAUAUUUUGAU